GGCAGGGACCGCGAGCAGGGCGCGGCAGCGGGCUCUCGGGCUGGCCCAAGCGGGCCGCCCCAGGCCGGCCAGCGCGGUCAGCGGGACGCCGGAGAGAACCGGGGAACGAAGCUGGCCUGUCCGAGCCCAGGGGCUCAAGUCCAGGGGACCAUGGAGCACGGGUGCUAGGGGCCGGGGACGCGGGCGUGCAGACCGACUGACUUACUGACCGAUCGCCACGGGCACGCCCCGCUCCACCCCGCCCCACCGCGCCCCGCGCCGCCUCCCCUGCUCGCUCUCUGCCUCUCUCUACCUUCUCCACUUCUUUUCCGCCUCUGCCUCCUUCUGGCUCCCCUGGCGCCAGAGUCUUCCCCUGCUCAGGCGGGAGCCUGGGCUGUCUGAAGAGCUCUCAUAGAGUCUGGGGGCAAAUUUCCUUGUAGCAGAGAGCCAGCCCCCUUGGCUGGGCGACAGGUGCCGAGGGAGCUUCUGGCCCGUGGACGGGGGAUGCGAAGGGGUGCCCUCCCGGCAUCUCUUUCUCAGUGACAUUGAGUCUGCCUAAUCGAAGACUGAGGUUAUGAAGUCGAUCCUAGAUGGCCUUGCAGACACCACCUUCCGUACCAUCACCACAGACCUCCUCUACGUGGGCUCAAAUGACAUUCAGUACGAAGACGUCAAAGGAGACAUGGCAUCCAAAUUAGGGUACUUCCCACAGAAAUUCCCUCUAACUUCCUUCAGGGGUAGUCCCUUCCAAGAAAAGAUGACUGCAGGAGACAACUCCCCGUUGGUCCCAGCAGGAGACACAACAAACAUUACAGAGUUCUAUAACAAGUCUCUCUCGUCACUCAAGGAGAAUGAGGAAAACAUCCAGUGUGGGGAGAACUUUAUGGACAUGGAGUGCUUUAUGAUCCUGAAUCCCAGCCAGCAGCUGGCCAUCGCUGUCCUGUCUCUGACACUGGGCACCUUCACGGUUCUGGAGAACCUGCUGGUGCUGUGCGUCAUCCUGCACUCCCGCAGUCUCCGAUGCAGGCCUUCCUACCACUUCAUUGGCAGCCUGGCAGUGGCCGACCUCCUAGGGAGCGUCAUUUUUGUCUACAGCUUUGUUGACUUCCAUGUGUUCCACCGCAAAGACAGCCCCAAUGUGUUUCUGUUCAAACUGGGCGGGGUGACGGCCUCCUUCACAGCCUCUGUGGGCAGCCUGUUCCUCACAGCCAUCGACAGGUACAUAUCCAUUCACAGGCCUCUGGCCUAUAAGAGGAUCGUCACCAGACCCAAGGCCGUAGUGGCCUUUUGCUUGAUGUGGACUAUUGCGAUAGUAAUUGCCGUGUUGCCUCUCCUGGGCUGGAACUGCAAGAAGCUGCAAUCUGUUUGCUCGGACAUCUUCCCACUUAUUGACGAGACCUACUUGAUGUUCUGGAUUGGAGUUACCAGCGUGCUGCUGCUGUUCAUUGUGUACGCGUACAUGUAUAUUCUCUGGAAGGCUCACAGCCACGCGGUCCGCAUGAUUCAGCGGGGAACCCAGAAGAGCAUUAUCAUCCACACCUCAGAAGACGGCAAGGUGCAGGUGACGCGGCCCGACCAAGCGCGCAUGGACAUUAGGCUGGCUAAGACUCUGGUUCUGAUCCUGGUGGUGUUGAUCAUCUGCUGGGGUCCUCUGCUCGCCAUCAUGGUGUACGACGUCUUCGGGAAGAUGAACAAGCUUAUCAAGACGGUGUUUGCCUUCUGUAGUAUGCUCUGCCUGCUGAACUCCACCGUGAACCCCAUCAUCUACGCUCUGAGGAGCAAGGACCUGAGGCACGCGUUCCGCAGCAUGUUCCCUUCGUGUGAAGGCACUGCGCAGCCUCUGGAUAACAGCAUGGGGGACUCAGACUGCCUGCACAAGCACGCCAAUAACACAGCCAGCAUGCACAGGGCCGCAGAGAGCUGCAUCAAGAGCACUGUUAAGAUCGCCAAGGUGACCAUGUCUGUGUCCACAGACACGUCUGCCGAGGCUCUGUGAGCCUGCUGCUUCUGUGGCUGCCCCGAAAAAGAAAAAAAAAUGUUUUUUUUUUAGCUUAAAAUCUAGAAGUCUGUUGUCUCAUCAGUUAUAUAUUUUUUUAAGUUUACCAUGUUUAGUAAAAUAGUGACUGUCACCGUGCUUACUUAGUUUGCUGACAUCUCAAUAGUUUAGGCACUUAAACACCAUCCCCCAGGGGUUUACAGUGACGAAAGAAAGCCUAUUCGCUUCAGGUACUCGGUGGUCCUUCAAAGUCUCUGAAAUGGAAGGGAAAAACGUUGGCUUCCAAAUCAGAAGCCUAACUAUCCACAGAAAAGCACCAUGAAAUAACAAAUGCUUUUGUAACCACAAAUUUCAUGAUGCUGUGUCUGUCCAUAGUAGAAAAAAGAUACAUUUUUACAGUAAGUAUAAUGCUAAAGUAGAGAUACUUUGUAACACGUUUUCUGUCCUGUAAAUUGUGUGUCAGUGUUUACUGUGUCGUUCUUUUGUCUAGCUUAGCCAAACCAGAAUAAGAGCAUACAGGAGUGGCUAUGUAGCAGGGCGACCCCUGUUUAGAUAGUAUUACUGUCCAUGAUACAAUUUUAGAAACCUUAGUAUUUCUUCCAAUAUCCGUAUCUAAAGUUAAUAUUGAAAUAAGCCUAAAGGUUUAUUUUUCUGUUAAAACAACAAGAAAACUUUGAAGACUGUUCCAAGUCUUGAGCAGAAUUCAUGGACACUUAAAACUGUGUUAGGCCUGUGUUAGGCCUCAUUUUCAUAUGAGGACAUUCCAUAUCUUCUGGACCACAGCUGUUCAGUUGGGUAAUGGAUUAUAAUCAGAAUGGAAAAGAGAAAUCGCACUAACUUAAGGCUGGCACUCUGACUUCCUGCAGUUGUUAGCUAUAACUGGACCUCCUAAGACAGCAUGUGUCAAUCUUAGUGUAUACUGUGAUCACUGUGCAGUUGUUGUUUACUUGACCGUGUAUUGCAUUGUUAUGUUCUGGAUUUAAGUAGAUUUCAGGCCUGGAUGGCCAAAAAACAAAAACAAAAAAAACAAAAAAACAAACAAACAAAAAGCCAGUUGUCUUCUCCUUAAUUGAGAAGAAAUAUUGUCUGGCUCAGUAAAAUUGUGAGUGUAACUGUAAAUGUGUAUGUGUGUAUAUGUGUGUGUGUGUGUGUUCUAUCUUGUAACUGUUACAGCAGUGUUCCCCCCUCCAGAAAACCGACCAUGUGUGAACCGUAUCCCUUGCUGCGCUCUUGCACAUGAACUUAGUUUCCACAAUCGACCUCUCCACGAAAUCCUGCUUAUAAAAAUUCCGACUAAAACUUUUCAGAAGAAUCUUCCCCCCCAGGAGCUUGGAUUAAGUAUUCUAAUGACAUUGAGGUGUUCUGUAAGGCCAGCAUUUAGCAAGAAGUAAUCAGUUAAGAGGUGCCAAAAGCUAGAGGAUCCUCCCAGGAAGAGGAGCAUGUGGAG